AGUUGAAGGUUGAGGUUGCAGGGUCAUUUGAAUGUGGAGGAGGAAGCAUAUACGAAGACUUCUGUCGUCUGCAACUGAUUGUUAGGGAAUUAUCUUCUUUAAAGAUGAUGUUGUAUAUGCUAUUAUUUUCGCAAUUAAAUGGUUUAUCCGUCAUCGAAAACACGUUAUGCACCGUGAUUUGAUGGAGAAAUAUGGUGUUCCAGCCAAUCACAAGAUUGUUGGGUUCUUUCAUCCUUAUUGUAAUUGUGGGGGUGGGGGUGAACGUGUUCUAUGGACUGCAAUUAAGUGUAUGUUAGAAAAAUAUAAAAACAUAGUGAUUGUUAUUUAUACCAAUGAUGCAGAGUGCCUUUCAAAUCCUGAUAAAGUCCUCAGUAACAUCCGAAGAAUAUUUGGAAUAUAUUUCAACAAACCUUCCAAUUCUUCUGCUAUACAUUUUGUACCACUGAAAUCAGAGAUAUUACUAACUCCGAAGCUAUAUCGUUUAUUCACGCUAGCUGGUCAGGCUUUUGGUUCAGUUCUAGUUGGAUUGGAAGCUAUCUUUAGAUGCCCACCAGAUGUAUAUAUUGACACUACCGGAUUCGCUUUUACCAUACCUCUAGCCAAAUGGUUAUGUAAUUCACAGACAGCGGCUUACGUACAUUAUCCAACUAUAUCGUCUGUUAUGUUGCAACGUGUAUCGUCCUCAUUGUUCUCAAAAAAUAAAAAUGAAAUAGUUUUAACUUAUAAUAAUCCUGAUUGGGUUAGAAAUAAUAAGAUCUUUUCCAGCAUAAAAUUCUUAUACUACAACCUUUUUAUCAAAGCUUAUAAAUUCUCUGGUUCAAGCAUAAAUGUCGAUGUUGCAAUGACGAAUUCAUCUUGGACGCAAAAGCAUAUUCAGUCAUUGUGGGGUGGAAAACCUGUUGUGCUCUAUCCUCCUUGUCCCGUCGAGGAUUUGGAAGGGAAAUUAUUCAGUAAUCAAAGAUUUAAGUGGAUUUUAUCUGUCGGUCAGUUUAGACCGGAAAAGAAUCACAAGCUUCAGUUAGACGCUUUCCAUCACUUCCUUAACCGUCACGAGUCAGCAAAAGGCGAUGAAAAACACCAGUUCAAGCUUCUUUUAAUAGGUGGCUGUCGGGAUGACAAGGAUUUUGCCCUUGUCUCAAAACUUAAAGACCAGGCUGCUGCACUGGAACUUGGAGAUACUGUAGAGUUCCACAUUAAUUUACCCUAUCAGGAGUUAAAAAGCUAUUUUGGACGUUGUUCUGUUAAUUUGCACACUAUGGUGGAUGAACAUUUCGGAAUAAGUGUUGUGGAAGGCAUGGCAUCCGGUCUUAUUACAAUUGCUCACAGAUCCGGUGGUCCACUUACUGAUAUAAUUGGACCCUCAGAAACUAGUUCAUCUUCCAAUCAGUUAGAAAAUUCAGGUGUUGGAUUUCUUGCGUCAACAGUUGAUGAAUACGCAAAUAUUUCGAAUUGGUAUUGUUGAAAAUGUCUGAAUCACAAAUCGAUGCCAUACGGAAAAAUGCCAUCCAGUGGGUACAUAAAAAAUUUUCUGAGGAUUGUUUCACCAGGGCUUGGAUCGAUCAAAUGAAUGUAUUCUGUUUGGACUCAAUUUCAGCAUGAUAAGCGACACCGAUAAUAAAGAGCUUAUUGUGAUAAUCUUCUGAAGAUUCUCUUAUGUAUCAAAUUGCCUAUGCUGUUUUACAAUAUUUAUUAUCGGUUCCAUUAUGAAUAUUCUUUAUUUGUAUUGUAUUUUUGAUUUAUACAAAAGAAAUUUAUGCGAGUUAAUUAUCUUAUGAUGGCUAGAAUUUUGUAUCAAUCGUUAUUUAUUCAGUUAAUAUAUCAGUCUAAACUUGUUUAUUAACUACAUGGUGAUAAAACUUGGUAUUGCGUAACAGAGAUUCAGUAUGUAUCAGAAAAAAUGGAAAUACAAUUAAUAGGACACUGUAUUGUAAUAGACUUUCAAGGAAAAAGUAAAUUACUAAUUACAUGUGUCUGAAUCAUUUUGAUCGACCACAAAAUUCACAUCGUAUAGGGUGUUCCUCGGUAGAUUCAUGAAAUAAAAGUCGAGAGUAUGUUAUGUGACUCCUUAUGUAUUGCUUUUUUGAAAUUUGAUUUAUUUGCAUCAAUUAUCAUCACGUUUUCAAAUGAACAUUUAUGAGUAUUUUAACCGUGGUAAAAUCUUGUGUUUGUUCAUAUAAGUAAUCAUCUAAAAUUGCACUGACACAUAGGUGAAUAAUGGUUAAUGAAUGAAUGGCCAGGUUAUUAUAAACAUUUUAUUCCUCCUAAGCAAAAUAUCAGGAGAUUAAGUAGUUCAUAUUCUAGCUAUCUUAUAUCAUACUCUUAGAAAGAGAUUUGUGACUUUCAAUGUCGUCUUUCCCAGUCUAUGGUUAAACCACAUCCAGGUUAUGUUAUGAAAACAUUUGCCAACUACAUAUAAGUUUGGAUGUAGAUGAUAUUUUUCAAGCUUUAGUUUGGACUUCUAGACUAAUAAAAAACCAUACUGAGUUGGAAAGUAACCUCUCUUCCUGGUCACAUUUCCUCGCUAAAACUUCAGGAAUUACCUCGGAGUUCCAUCAUACGGAAAGUGAGGCAGUCACGCUACCGAUAACAUUUAAUGAUGAUAAUGCAACAUAGAAAUAUAAACCGUAGGUCGCCAACCUUCAUUUUAUGUUGAUAUUACUUAAUUGGCUCUGCCCUGAGAGUUAAGGGAAGAAUUAUGACGCCUCAUGAUGAAAGCUGAUAUUCUUCGGAAGUCAUGAGGCCGAUGCUCCUUCUAACUACCAGAGCAACAAUUUCUACACGGGACGUCCGGAUAAAGUAGCGGACUUGGAGGACCAGUCAAAUGAGGAGAUACAACUUCGCAGUACUCAGAACCAGCCAAACCCAUUGGACCCAAGCUGGACAGCAAAGGUUAGGUACGGGACAGAUUCUGCUGUACUCCGGUCACGAAGAGAACAAUGCUGCACACACUCAGGGAGUUGUUCUGAUGCUGUCCAAAGAAGCACGUAAUGCAUUUGUAGGAUGGGGAUCUCACGGAUACAGAAUCAUCAAAGCAGAAGGAAGGAACUACGAUGAAUGUUAUGCACCCACUAAUGAUAGCAACGACGAUGAUAAAGAUCAGUUUUACAAGAAGUUGCAAUUGAUCAUAGCGAAGUCCUCAGGAAAGGACCUGACCAUCCUGAUGGCAGAUUUAAGCGCUUAAGUUGGAAUAGACAACACCGGAUAUGACGAUAUCAUGGGACGACAUGAACUGGGGAAGAGAAUUUCAAACCUAUAUGCAUUCAACAAAGUGGUUAUAGAUGGCACAAUAUUCCACAAAAACGUAUACACAAAGCUAUUUGGGUCUCACAGUAUCACACCACGGAGACCCUGGUAGGUCAUAUUUUUAUGAAUAAAAAUUCAGAAGGACAAUUUAGGAUGCGAGAACCCUGGACAGGAUUCAAGAAAGGAAUUACAAGAAGACAGCGAUCAACAAGAGCGGAGAAAGUCAAGGUACAAACUGAAUACGCUGAAGCAAACAAGUAAAUGAAGAGGACCAUGCGAGCCGACAAGCAGAAGUACAUGGAAGACCUAGUAGCGACGGCGGAAAAGGAAAUAUGAAACAACUAUAUG